UGGUUAAGUCUAGUUGGUGCAGUGGCUGGCAGUGCGUAUUUGUCCAUCAUGGCGUUAGCAGCUGCUGCCAAACGCUGUGCGUCUUCUGCACUGUUUCACAGAUCGUUAUCAUUACCAGAGUUUAGAUCCGCAUGCUCUUAUCAUAAAAAGGUGGUAGACCACUAUGAGAACCCCAGAAAUGUUGGUUCCCUGAACAAAAAUGCCAAGAAUGUGGGCACUGGUUUGGUAGGCGCUCCUGCUUGCGGUGAUGUAAUGAAACUACAGAUUCAAGUGGAUGAAAAUGGAAAGAUAGUGGAUGCCAGAUUCAAAACAUUUGGCUGUGGUUCAGCCAUUGCUUCUAGCUCUCUGGCCACAGAGUGGGUGAAGGGGAAAUCGAUUGAUGAAGCCCUUCAAAUCAAAAACACAGAGAUUGCCAAAGAACUUUGUCUUCCACCAGUUAAACUACAUUGCUCUAUGCUUGCAGAAGAUGCUAUCAAGGCUGCAUUAGCAGACUACAGACUUAAACAGAAAGAUGACAAAGAGACGCUGGCCGAAGCUAGAAAUUAAUGUCCUCAUUCACAUAUGAGUCACUGUCGCCCACUCGACCAAACAUGGUGUAGUUUGUUCUCGACUAAGGCUAUUAAAUGGAAAUGUGUAUCAUCAGUACUACUUGCAUGCUGCCUUAGAGAUGUUGGUUUGCAUUGACAGACUGUGAGGAUUUUUAGGAAGAAGUUUUUUUCAGUGUAUCUCAAUGAAUCACGCACAUUAAAAUAAUCUCUUAAUUCUUGAAGAAGAUCUCGUACUCUUACUAUGGAACGUUCUCUGUAUUAAAUGCAUACUACUACAAUGCUUGUGAAUUUCUACCAUAGCGUAUCAGAAAGCAGGUUUAAAUGAUAACAUGUAUAUUUGUUUCCCUAGAAUGUUCAUUGCAAUUUGCGCAGUGAUUUGUUAAUGAAAACACCAAAAAAUGUGCUAUUAAUGCAUAUGCGGUGUACAUAGAGCAAAACGUUCAUCUUGCAAAAACAUAAUAAAGUCCUAAAUAUA